AAUUCUAAUCUCUUCCGCUACGGUAAAGAGUUGGCAACACCGUUUCACUGCCCAGUGGGCCGUAUUUGUUUACUCUGAAAAGUCACCAUGGAGGUUGCAGCUAAAGCCAAGCCUGCUGCUGCGCCAAAAAAGCCAGCAGCAACGGAAAAGCAAACUGCAGUGAAGAAGCCAGUUACUGCUAAAAAGCCAGUUACUGCUAAAAAGCCAGCUGCUGCCAAAAAGCCAGCAGUAGCCAAAAAGCCAUCUGCUGCCAAGAAAUUGGCUUCUGCUAAAAAGUCAGCUGCUGGUAAGAGGCCAGCUGCUAAAAAGCUUGCCGCAGCCAACAAGAAGGCAGCUCCUGCUGAUGCAGCUGAGUCUAAAGCUGCGCCAGCUAAGCCAUCGGCUGCGCCAGCUCAGCCAUCGGCCGCCAAGUUGAAGAGAGCAAAGGCCAAGGAGGAGAUCAAGGAGAAGAAGAAGGCCUUAAGGAAGGAAAAGGGACCUCGUGAUCCAAGCAAGCCUUCCAAGCGGGCUCUUCAGAAAAAGGCUAACAUUCACUGCCGUAGAAUUUUCAUUGGUAACCUGCCGAGCGAUGCUCGUGAGAAGGACGUCAUGGAGAUGCUGAAGAAGCACCAGUCUGCCAUCGUGAGCAUCAAGGUGCUCAGGAGUACUGGUCGUGGCAAGAAGGCCGAGAAGAACGACAAGGGCAAGAUUAUUCCUCGCACCAGAGGUGCUGCCUUCGUCAGGCUUCGCUACAAGGCUGUUCGUGACGCCAUUCUGAAGCAGAAGGAGUGGACUUUGGGAGGCAAGAAACUGCGAGUGCAGUUGUCACAUAUUAAGAAGAAGCAUCAGGCACGGCUUGAGGCUCAGGCAGAGGCCAAGAAGAAGGUGCUUGCAGCCAAGGAGGAAGGCAUCAAGAAGCAUAAGGAGACCAUGCACAAGAAUUUACUCAAGAACAAGAAGCACGAGAGGAACCUGCACCUCAAGCUCCGCAGAAUGACGUCCAAGAAGGGCACCAAGACGGCCAUCGAGAAGAAGCGCAUCGUGUCGCUGCGCCAGAGGAUCAAGACCAAGAAAGCGAAGGCGAUCGUGCGGACGGAACGCAAAAAGCUGUACGGCGUCAAGGCUCGCAAGGCUAUGGUUCGAUUGUCGAGAAAGUAAACUCGAUCUCGUGCU